AUGUUAUCAUCAGCUAGAAAGAUCCUACUACAAUCUCCUAAACAACUUACCACACUAAUAAGACCAACUAAUUCAUUUAUAAUCAAACGAAGAAAUUAUUCUGGAUCAUCUAUUUUCAAAGGUGCAAGAAAUUAUUUCCUUGGAUUUCGUAAUAAUUCUGAAGAUUCUCAAAUUAAUAAUAAUAACAACAACAACAACAACAAUUCAUCAAUGCAUUAUGAUUCAGUUGAUGAACUGAUUCCAUAUGUUAAAUAUCCUUUAUUUACAAAAGAACAAUUGAAAAAAAUUGCUACCGAUAAAUUUAAAUUACAAGUUGGACAUGCAUCAUUUGGAUAUCAUUCAGAUUCAAUAGUUCCUUCCAUUAAUUCUUUGAGUGAUUUAACUGAUCCUACUCUGUUGAAUAGUUUAUUACCAAGAAGAAGACCUCAAGGAUCACCUAGUGAUACUUUAAGUAUUAAAGCUGGUGAUGAUACCAUGUUAGUUUCCCCCUCAGUAAUAGCAGUAGCUGAUGGAGUUAGUGGUUGGGAAAGUGAUGGUAUCACAUCAUCUUCAGGUAUUUGGUCAAGAUCUAUGGUGGAAACUUUUAGUCGAUUAAUGACAGAAUAUAAAUUAAAUCAUUUUCCUCAUUAUUUAAACCAACGAGAUAUUCAAGAAAUUUUAGAUGAUUCUUAUUUACAUACUUCUCAUUUAAUGGAUUUACAAAAAUUAAAUGGUUCUUCAACAUUAAUCUUGGGGAUGCUUAAUGGAGAUUUAUUAUCAAUUGUUAGUAUUGGUGAUUCGAAAAUUUUCAUCAUUAGAGAUGGAGAAAUUGUUUUAACUAAUGAAGAACAAACUAAAGCUGGAUUAUGUCCUGAACAAAUAGGUACUCAUACUUUAGAUCAUUUACCUUCCGACAUUGCUUGGAUUAAAUCAUUUAAAUUAAUGGAAGGGGAUUAUAUUUUAAUGUGUUCCGAUGGUAUUAGUGAUAAUUUAUAUGAAUGGGAAAUUUUAAAUUAUUUAAAUGAAUGGAUUAAUACUAAACGUAAUAAUAAUAAUAAUAAUAAUGUUAAAAAUAUUGCUAGUAAAUUAUUAAUUAAAGCUAAAGAAGUUGCCUUUGAUGAUUAUGCUUAUACUCCUUAUAAUGAAAAAGUUAAUUCAUUGAAUAAUACUAAUGGGGGUAGUAAUGGUACUAAUCAUAGUCAAGGUGGUAAAGUUGAUGAUAUGUCAGUGAUUAUUGCUAAAGUUGAAUUAAAUAAAAAAGAUAAUACUAAAUUGGUAAUUAAUUAG